UUGCUAGAAGUUAUUCUUCCGAAGUAUUUUCAGAACGCACAUCUUCAUGGAAUUGUAAACAACGCCGGUGUGUUCGCAACUUUUGGACCAGACGACUGGUGUUCAACGGAAGAAUACUUGGCGUCACUGAACGUGAACACUUUGGGGGCGAUUCGAGUCUGUCAUAACUUUUUGCCGUUGGUAAAAAAAUGUAAGGGCAGAGUAGUAACUAUGGGUUCAACGGCUGGUCGUCUACAUGGUCUUUAUGUUGGCCCGUAUGUGACUGCAAAAUUCGCUGUAGAAGCUUAUAUGGACUGCCUUCGACUGGAGAUGAGGCCAUUCGGAGUUUCCGUGCACAUACUUGAACCUGGUGCUUUCAAGACUGACCUUUUGAGUGAGGAAGCUCAACACGCUCGAGUCAAUAAGAUUUGGGAGAAAGUUCCAUCAGUCGUGAAAAACGAAUAUGGCGAACAGUUCAAAGAAAACUUUAAAGUGGCAUGGCAGACCGGUGUGGACCUGGUUGCAAAUCCGAAUCUUCAAUGGGUUGUCGACAAUUAUGUACACGCGCUAUUCGGUUUUUGGCCAAGAUUGAGGUGA